CUGGUUGAUGCAUGCGGGGUGAGGGUCCCGGCGCGCACAGUGUGUGCAGCCUGGGGUGCUAGCCCAUGUGCUCACCCUGGAUGCAUGAUCUACUGAGUAACGUUCAGGCAGAGAGGGAAGGGGCAGGGCUUUGCAAGACAGACUGGAUGAGGUGAUUAAGGGUGCUGAUUUAUUACAUGGGAUUACCAGGGAAGAGGAAGAGAGGUUUGACCAGAGAGAAUAUAUCGAAACCCAACAAGGAGAUAGUAAGAUAGACCAUCCUCUUUCCCUCUCCCCAACACCCACACAUACACACAAGGUUAGCAGUUUACCUCUUAGGAGCGGUGGUAGUAGUGAUGAUGGAAGGAGUGAAUUAGGGGCCUUAACAGGGCUAGUUUUGUGUUUGCUUUUCCUGCAAAUGUUAUAGCAACAGGUGCUUUCUUUCCAUGAAGUUAGAUUAGGGCUUGACUGCAAGUUCUUGUAAAAUAUAACUGCUUCUUGUUGACUUGGAAGAUGCUGAAUGUGCCCCCUCAUUGGGGGUUUGGAUACUGCCCUUAGGGCUGGUUUUUGCAAACUGAUAGUGCCUAUCAUUGUGUCUGCUACAGACCUCUGGCCACUUCCAGGGCAUUAGCUCUUGUCAGACAUGUUAUCAGUCUCCUGGCUGAAGGGCAAAAAACCACGAAUCCCAUUGGCUAGAGACUACACUAUUUGAACUAUACUAGGUUGUGAUUGGCUGAAUGAUUUUUGAUUGUAGAGUUUCUACCAGAAAUUGGCUUCAUCAAAUUCUGCUUUAUUCUGACUUUAUCAUACACAGCAUGCCUUGUUUUAGUGGGUUCAUGCCUGGAGCUUAAGUAUAUUAUACCUGAAUCCCCUACCAUUUAAAAGUCAAUUUAUAAACAGGGACUUGGAGUGUGACUCCACUAAUGUGUGUGUGAUCUUGGUUAGAAACCCACUUGGCUGCCUUUCAUCAAAAGAGACGCGAGGUGGGGGAAGGGAACUGCCGAGAAGUGAUUGAUAAGGUUUCUUUUAUGGAUUCUGUGGUGCUUCACUGGAGCUCAGAGCACUUUGGCAACUUAAGCACUCCAAAUUAAAAGCUCAUUAACAAUUCCUGCCCAAAGAUCCUGUAAAUAAUCAGCUAGCUAGGUCACAGAGCUUGGCUGAGAGCUCUCCUUCCAACUUGAAGUUUCCGAAUAAAAGUGCUUUUAUUCCCCUUUCAUUUUGAAAAGUGUUUUCUUUGUGGUGGGGUAAGGUGAUGAGUGGCAUUCUCCCAUGGGAUCUGAGUAGAAUAAAGUUUUGAAUAUGUAGAGUGGUAGACAGGAAUAGAUUGGUUCCAAACCUAGGUGUUUCUUUGGGUAAAGGGCAUUGCUAGCUUACAAGGGCACCUUUGCAUCUUCUAGUCUUUUGGAGGAUCUGAAUUAGGUGAUAAAUAUAAUAGGUGUUCAUUGAUGAUUUGACUUGGGACCUGGUUACCUUGACUUUCUUAGAACUUGAGACAGACUUGGAAGUAUCCUGCAAGUGUUACCUGAUCUGUGUGGCCAUUUGCAAUAUGGCUUGUAGGUUUGUGGCAACCAACCCCUCCUCCAAUCCUGGCCUCAGUUCCUGAGUUCUGAAUAUUGUGAGCCUUAUUAGUGUCCGCUCUUUGACUAGACUAGGAUUGUUGGAUUAUCCAGAAAGCCAACACUUUGUGGCCAUCUUUCUCAGUUCAAGCUCAGAUAUUGUAAAUGUUUAGUGUUUCUAGGAGGUAAGUCUCCUAAGGGAAAAAAGUAUGCUACUAGAGAACACGAAAUUCAUCAUUCCAAAAAUAUACAGUACUAGUAGCUUCUGAAAUCUCUGUAUGGGCACUGUCCUUCCACAUAGAUAACUGUUAUCCCAAAAUAGUUUGAGUUGGGGAGUUUGAAGUAUAGUGUGGUCCUUAAAUUGUUUCAGAUAGCAGCCCCCUGGGGAUUUGAUCCUUUGUACUGAAAUAGACUUGUUGCAGAGAUGUGUAUUUAUCCACAGCAUUGGGGCUUUCCAGCUCUCACAGAACCUUCAGCAUCCCCAGCUACCAGCCUUGGUGUCUUUGAAGUAAGGAGAGAUGCUUCUGGAUGUUCAAUGCUAGCACCUUUACAGACUGGAGCAGCUCGAUUUUCUUCAUAUUUACUUUCAAGAGCAAGAAAAGUGCUGGGCUCCCAGUUGUUUUCUCCCUGUGGUGUUCCGGAGUUCUGCUCCAUAUCCACCAGAAAGCUGGCGGCCCACGGCUUUGGCGCAUCCAUGGCAGCAAUGGUGUCCUUCCCUCCCCAGAGGUAUCACUACUUUUUAGUGCUGGACUUUGAGGCCACGUGCGACAAGCCACAGAUUCAUCCUCAGGAAAUCAUUGAGUUCCCCAUCCUGAAGCUAAAUGGCCGGACCAUGGAGAUCGAGUCUACCUUUCACAUGUAUGUCCAGCCCGUAGUCCAUCCACAGCUUACUCCCUUCUGUACAGAGCUCACCGGGAUCAUUCAAGCCAUGGUGGAUGGUCAGCCAAGCCUGCAGCAAGUGCUGGAGAGGGUCGAUGAGUGGAUGGCGAAGGAAGGCCUCUUAGAUCCAAACGUCAAGUCAAUUUUUGUCACCUGUGGAGACUGGGACUUAAAAGUCAUGCUCCCAGGCCAGUGCCAGUACUUGGGCCUGCCAGUAGCAGAUUACUUCAAGCAGUGGAUUAACCUGAAAAAGGCUUACAGCUUCGCCAUGGGCUGCUGGCCCAAGAAUGGACUUCUAGACAUGAACAAGGGCCUCAGCCUGCAACACAUAGGUCGGCCCCACAGCGGCAUUGAUGACUGCAAGAACAUUGCCAACAUCAUGAAGACACUUGCUUAUCGAGGCUUCAUCUUCAAGCAGACAUCAAAGCCGUUCUGAUUGGCCGAGGACGGGAUGGGACAGGACAGGGUAGCUGCUUGGCCCAGCCCAGAACCCUCCUCUCCCUCACCAGAGAGGAAAAGGGAGAGUGAGUGGCACAGCUCUAAGUCCAGAGUGUCCCCCAGCCUGCCCUGUGGGCUUGCGCCCUAGGUAAGGGCUUGGCCACUUGGCCCCUCUGGAGCAGACACUUUGUGCCCCCCACCCCUACCCCUCAACCUCAGCCCAGUAUUAGCCCCUCCCAUUGUGGGCCUGGGCUAGGGGGACCCAGGUUCUCACCGCCUCCUCCCUGGUACACAGGUUUCUGUUGGGGCCACCAAGCCCCCCCUGUGCCCCCUCCCAUCCGUAGUGCAUGGUGUGCGGUGCCCCCAGGGCUCCAGGACAGAUCAGGCCCCACCCUGUGUCUAUCCCAUCCCCGCUGUGAACGUGCCACUGAAUAAAGUCGGGGAAAUGAG